CUUAGUAAUAUAUUUAUCAUGAAAGAAUAAGUUUUCGUAUCUUUUGAACAAAUUGUAUAUUGAAAAUCGAUUAUAUUGCGAACACUUUAAAUAUCAAGGUGAAAAAACACAGGGAAAAAUAUGGCGUUACAUAGUGUACCGCCAAAAAGGAAAGAAAUCUAUAAAUAUGAGGCACCAUGGCCUUUAUAUAGUAUCAAUUGGUCAGUAAGACCUGACAAGCGAUUUCGUUUGGCUCUUGGCAGUUUUGUGGAAGAAUAUAACAAUAAAGUACAAAUAGUUUCAUUGGAUGAAGAAACCUCUGAAUUUAGUGCAAAAAGUACGUUUGAUCAUCCAUAUCCAACUACAAAAAUUAUGUGGAUACCAGAUAAUAAAGGAUUGUUUCCGGAUCUGUUAGCUACAUCUGGAGAUUAUCUGAGAAUUUGGCGGUUAGCUGAACCAGAAACUCGGUUAGAAUGUGUUUUAAAUAACAAUAAAAAUUCAGAUUUUUGUGCUCCUCUUACAUCAUUUGAUUGGAACGAAGUAGAUCCAAAUUUAAUUGGUACUUCUAGUAUAGAUACAACAUGUACUAUUUGGGGAUUAGAAACUGGUCAGGUUUUGGGUAGAGUGAAUAUGGUUACUGGUCAUGUUAAGACACAGUUAAUUGCUCAUGAUAAAGAAGUAUAUGAUAUAGCAUUUAGUCGGGCUGGAGGUGGUCGCGACAUGUUUGCAUCCGUUGGUGCAGAUGGUUCAGUAAGAAUGUUUGAUUUGCGACACUUAGAACAUUCAACUAUAAUCUAUGAAGAUCCACAACACACACCACUUUUGAGACUUGCAUGGAAUAAACAAGAUCCCAAUUAUCUUGCAACAGUUGCGAUGGACGCUUGUGAAGUAAUUAUUUUAGACGUUCGAGUACCAUGUACACCAGUUGCGAGACUUAAUAAUCAUAGAGCUAGUGUUAAUGGUAUUGCUUGGGCACCACAUUCAUCCUGCCAUAUUUGUACAGCGGGAGAUGAUCAUCAAGCAUUAAUUUGGGAUAUACAGCAAAUGCCAAGAGCCAUUGAUGAUCCGAUUCUCGCUUAUACUGCUGCAGAAGGAGAAGUGAAUCAAAUUCAGUGGGGUGCUACACAACCUGACUGGAUUGCUAUAUGUUAUAAUAAAGCAGCAGAAAUCCUUAGGGUGUAA